AUGACUGGGGGGCUUAUCAGAACUUGGAAUGCCAUCUUCCCAACCACGUUUCGCUCCAUCGGGUGGUAAUUCACGCCGAUAACUUUGUAGAUCCUACAAGCGGUGUCCAUACUCAAGAGGCCGAAUCUGCGUGGAACAAUUUGAAACUUGGAAUUAAGACCCGACGUGGAGUAGAGGCUAAAGACCUCCAAGCCUACUUAAAUGAUAGGAUGUGGAGGCAGUGGAGAGGAGGAGAACGAGUUCUUGCAAAUUUUCUUCCAGUUAUGGCUUCGCAAUUUAAUGAUUACAUUGUAUGAGUCUUCUGUUAAAAGUGUUUUUUAUCGAUAGAGGAGAUGAAGAAUUGUAUCGAUCUACUGAACAUUGUUGUAUUGUAACCGUCAGUAAGGCGGCGUUCUUUGAUUUGUUUGAGGGGAAUGCGACUGGAAAGUGUUGUCCGUGGGAGUCGGCGGUUGGUAAUGAUUGCAGAUAAGAAAAGAAUCUUUUUCUUGCUGGAGGGUAGCUAAGCAAUUUAUGGUUUGUUCUCUUUUUCUCUCAUUAUAGUUAUAGUUAAUGUUGUUGCACAUCAGAUCAUACUUUGCGGUUGAUAGAAUACCGUUACGAUAAAAUGUAAAUUAGAAAUUAAAACUGGUGUUCUCGUGCAUGUAAUUUUAAUUAAAAAAUUAAAACGGUUCUUCACUUUUCUUUCAAGAAACUCUUCACAAGAAACUCAGAAUCCUUUCUCGAGAAAACAGCCGCUCUAAAUUAGGUCUUUUGCAAGGAGGCAGGGCAGUCAAGGAAUAAAAAUGAAAUGAAGUAAAAUGAAUUGGCCUCUUUCUAAAUAGUGGAUGAAAAGAUUGUAUCGUAUGUUAGUCUUACCUUGUCUAUUUAGCCUGCGUGUAGAUUGCUUUUGUUUCCUUCACUUCACGAGCAAACUGGAACUCAGGUAUUUAUGCAGGAUUUAGAUGAACUUAAUCAUUUUCUUUGAUUUGCGCUGAAUUUGUAGUCAACAAACACCAGUAAGCAGCUUUUAUAAAGAAAAUAAUUUUAAAGCGUGUUUAACUAAACAACUUUUAAACAUGUUUAAGCUUUGGUGUGAACGGAGUAUUAGACAAUUUAAGAAUGUUAAAGCAAUAGCAAGCGGGUUAUAUAAUGAAUAUAGAAAUGAAUACUUUUAAAAAUAUAUGAACAUAAAAUAUACACAAAUAUAUUGGUAAGGUUUUCGGUCUAUGGAUUGUGGGCAGUCGGUCACGUUUGACUGUGAUAAUUUCGAUGGAACCUUGUAGACUACUGUUUCGUCGGACGCUAUUUCUGGCGCGGAGAGAACGCAAAUGCAGACGACACACCCUAUCUCUCUCAAUGUCUUCUACCCUGCAUCUGCACCAGUACCUGCUCAGGAUCAAAAGAAUACGGACUGCAAAGAUGCUAAGAUAUGAUCAAUAAAAGCAAAGGGAAUAGGCAUCAUUUUUUCAAUAACAUCGAUAAACUGCAAAAGCCGUGAACGAAUAAUUUUCUGUUUUUUUUCCUUUUAAAGAGCCUGUCAAUUUAUACCACCAAGUCACAGCCGCAUUCUCAGGUUCUCUUUCUUCUGCGCACGAAUCCAGGCUGAUUAAAAACGAAAAAUAGGUAGAGGAGAUGGAGCCUGGGUAGAGGAUUGAUUCCAGCGAUCCCUGGGAGUUUGACGUCACAAUGACAACAAAUCAUAACUGAAAUUAAUAAAUUACUUUUAACAAUUGGGAAACGCUGUUGGACGUUGUUGAGAUGUUUGCGCUCUGAAACAAUCAUACUUUGAUAUUCCAUCUCCACGAAGUUGAAAGAAGUACACCAGCCAGCGAAUAUGGCGCAAGAAACAAACGGUAACAACAUCUACAACUGCAUCUUCUCUGAAUCAAUCAAGGAUGGCUUUGAAUGCGUUGUCUGGUACGUAAGUUCUGUUUCUGGUAGCUACAGCAAUAUAGUGACACGCGUUUUGAAAUCCUUGUAGUGCGCAUCGGUUUCAUCGAUUACCAAGUACCUCUCAGUCAUUUGCUCUCUAGUAACAGGUUUGACUUAAGUAAAACGCUCGCAUUAAAAGAGCCUUAAAGCCUAUUAGUCUGUGCGCGUUUAACCUUGUCAAGCUUGCGUAAUGUUACACAACACCUUCGCGGUUGUCUGUCGAACAAAAUUCGUGCACGCGUUGUUUCAAAGUUAACUACCACUAACUACAUAUCUAUAGAAAGAUUAUCUGGUAUCAAAGACAACCGCCACUUUAAAAGUACUACGCCGCCAGCAGAUGAAAUGAUGGCACCUCGAACGCUCACAGCAAGCAGUACGAUAUUCAUUAGCAGAAAAGUCGCCUUUGGUCUUCUUCUUGGGCCCUGACUAUGACGUUUUUACCGUUUAUGGACGUUUGUUUGCUUUUUUAACGCGUUUCGUGAUUUAAACGUGACUAGUGACACACGACAACAAGGAUACGAGAUGUCGACGCGAAAUCACAUGUAGAACAAAAUGCUAAUGAGGAACACAUAAUGAGAGCUUCCGGAUGAGUCCCUUUCUCGGGAAUAGUUUACUGGGGAGUACAUACGCAGCGAGGAUUAUGACACGUAACUGUCAAAUUAACUUUCAUUAAAGGAAACAUUUUAUACAAAAUAACAUGCGACCGUUACAAUAUUUUGCUUUUACUUUUGGAGACAUGGGUGAUUUUUUUGACUGACCUUCCGUUCACUGGAAAUAAAAAAAUUAACAAAAGUCGCCCUCUGAAGGUGUUUUGUCAUAUUCUUUUCAUUGCCUCUACUUUGAUGCUAAACCAAAGAGAGCUUGAUCCUGACAAGAAGCCUUGAAUAAUCUAAAAACGAAUCCUUUGGUACACCGGGUAGAUUAUCUUUUUGUCGAGGGUCGAGGGUUCCAUAUCGAGGGCGAGGGUUUCAGGUAGAGGGUCGUGGAUACAAUUUUUUCCCUUUUUUAAUGAACUUUUUUUAAAAGAAAAAAAAAAGAAAAUAUAAAGUAAAAUAUAGAAAUAAUAGACAAAAUGAUAGGAUUCUAAAAAUGUGAUCGAUUUCAGAGCUGUUAAAUGUUAGGGGGUGGGGGUGAGUGACAUUGAUUAUAAAUCUGCGUAGACUUAUCGUGUUACUGUAUUACUACAAAAGACGAAAAAAGACCGACAAAAGCAAGAUUUCAUACGAAAUAAACGGUUUCACAUCAUGGAAGUGUUUUCCAACUGUCUAGAGCGUUUCAUUUUCAUGCUCCGAACAAUAAAAGUUCGCGUCGGCAAUACUUAGUCAGCUUCACAACUGUUCUUUGUGUCGUUCGUCGCACCCCGCCCACCCAACAAUUAGGUUCAUUUACCAAAUUUAUCUUCCGACGUUGAUUAGAAAAUUUGUUUUUGAGAUUAUAGGAAUACAAGCUGCAGCUGAAACGAAGAAAAAAUGGCCAUGGACGCCAGUAAAAGAUAAUAAGUUCGGCGACAAGUCUUAUUUGAUCUGAAAAAAGAUACACUAUCCGCCGUGUUACUAAUAAUCAUUGAAUCUGUAUUAAUUGUAGCUUUGAAGUGAUGAUAAAACCAGUUAGUCUGGCAUGUGGACAUUCUGGGUGCAUGAAGUGCGCGCACUCUAUCGUCUCUCUCUCCGACAACACGGCAUCAAACACAGCUCCAUGCCCCGUUUGCCGCGAAACUUUCCAUCGCAAUCGAUUGCACCUGAACGUCAGCCUUGACGCACUAACAAGAAAUCUGGGUAUGCAUUGUAGCAAUUCUGGUUGCGUAUGGAAAGGCACUCUGGAACAUGCAAGGGACCAUGGCAAGGGCUGUCCCAAAGCUGUCGUAAAAUGCCCUAACGUUGGAUGUCACCACUCUUCCUUGCGCGAGGACAUGGACGAGCACAGCAAUAGCUGCGAAAAGGCUUUAGUAGAUUGCCAUGGCUGCAGGAAGGAAGUAGCGAGAAGUUGUUUAGCCCAACACGAAAGGAGGGAGUGUUUCUAUUCAAAAAUAGACUGCCCACUCGGAUGUGGCAUGAAAUUGCCGAGGUAAGACCCUUACAAUUAACCAAAUGACCAUGGUAAAGCUUGAACUGAACUUUUGCACGAUCUGCACAUCUUGACAGUUCACAACACCGUGGUCUUUUUCUAAAAACUAGUCAAAAAAAAAUUCAAAGAAUUCCUUUUAGAAUUUCCUCAGGCGAGAAUGAGACGCAUCUGUUACACGAAUCUUUGUACAUUGAUUACAACGUCUGACCUAAUACAAUUUGUGACUCAAUACUGAGAAAUAAACCCAUUAACACCUCUCCAAUGGGAUUUUUCGGGCAUGAAGUACGAGGACAAAAGUACAAUAAUACAGCAUACAGCACACUUAUAGGCAGUGAACCGGCUGAAGCGAGAGUGAAGUCCAGUCAUACUUUCUUGGACCAGUAGCAAUAAGUAAUACGGGCUGCAAAGCUCCGAAUGGUUUAAUUAAUUAGUCUUAAAGUUCGUAUAACCCAAAAUAAUUAGUGACUGUUGAUAAUGUUUUUCAGAGCCCAUGUCAGGGUUCGCACGCGCCUUGAAAGUCCUUGAAAGUCCUUGAAUCUCAAAAUAAAAAUUCAAGGCCUUGAAAGUCCUUGAAAAUUGUAGUCAGUGCUGGAAAGUCCUUGAAAUUUGUAGCUAAUUUAAUCCAACUUAGAUUCUAGAGUGCCUUAUUUGAAAAUAUAUGCCACUGGCACAAACGUAGCAACACAUAAUAGUAAGAUACAAAUAAAAAACGAUCGUAACGCCACUCCGCACGUCGAUCAAUCGCCCAUAUCCAUUUGUCCUGUUCUUGGUUCUAUUAAUCACUCUGAUUGGUUGAAGGUCUCGAAUGUCAAGGGCCAAUCAAAUGUUUUGUACUAUUCCCUCUUUCUUAGAAAACCCAUGUGCCUUGAGUGCUUUCCGGAUCAUUGUCUGGGUUAGUGUUGAUUGUUUGCGUUUUGUUUCACGAGUGAGAGAUUUAAAACAAUGGGCAAGUGUGUUUUCAGCAACUUGUGGCUUCAGAAAUCACUGUAUAAAGAUUGGCUACGAGAAGUCAAGGGUGACAAGCACAAGGCACGAUGCAUCGUGUGUAUGAAGGAUGUUGACAUUUCGAGCAUGGGAGAGUCAGCGCUCACAGGUCACUUGAAAGAAAAAAAACAUCAAACACUGACAUCCCAGAAAAGGUCAUUAGCAAGCGUUCCAGAUUUUUUGGGGGUUUCUUCUCAACAACCAGCAACUACAAGUGACGAUGCCAAAGAAGUUUCAAAAUCCACUUCGUCUGAAAGUGGCGAACACAACACGCUCAACCCCACAAAGUCUAGUACUGCGAGUUCAUCUGGUUCAUCGGUGAUGGAAAGAAUUGUGACUCGUGAUGAGACGUUGAAAGCAGAAAUUUUGUGGGCAUUGAAGGUGAUAAUGUCUCAUUACUCCUAUAAAUCAUGCGAAGGUACGAGCAAAUUGUUUCAAGCAAUGUUUCCUGACAGUCGGAUCGCGAGUCAGUUUACAUGUGGAGAAAAGAAAUGUGCAUACUUGAUCUGUUUUGGGCUCGCUCCACACUUCAAACAACUUUUGAAGGACGUUGUGAAAAAAGAAGAAGCUUAUGUACUUAUGUUUGACAAGAGCCUGAAUAGCGUGUGCCAGUCAAAGCAAAUGGAUAUUCACAUUCGUUCAUGGAAUCAUGACAAACACGAAGUUGAAAGUCGCUAUUAUACCUCAGUGUUUAUGGGGCAUGGAACAGCAGAGGACAUGCUUUCUCAUUUUCGUUCAGGCAUAGAAGGAAUUCCUCUCAAAAAAGUUUAUCAGGUAGGAUGCAACUCUCGUUAUGUUUGGGUAAUUUAUAUAAACAUAACAAACGAAAGAUAAACAUGGUCAUCUCUUCGCUGAUGACAUUACCUCCUAGGUUUCCUAAUUAUAAAUACAUGUACUGUUACUAGUGUGGUGCAAAUCGCCGUUACGUACGGAAAACAAAUGUUUUGUGUAAUGCCAAAAAGCGAUAAAAUUGUAUUAAAUAGAAAUGAAACACCUUACUUAGUUUUCUGCCCUUUAAGGUCUAAAUAAUGAACACUCUUUCAUUGCAAAUUUUCACAAUUCCAAUGCAUCCAUGAGUAGUUCACUUCGUGUCUAGGUGGACAAUGACACGAACUCUGGGACGUAAUGCAAGUACUAAAUUAAAUAAUCUGUUUCCCUUUCAAUAUUACAAGGAAUGUUUUCUCUCAUACUAGUUGUCAAUGGACCCAACGUUAAUUGGAAAUUUUACAGUAUGCUGACUGAUGAGGCAAAAAGGGAGCAUAAUAGUCACAUGCUGAACAUUGGCAGCUGUGGUUUACACAUUCUUCAUGGAGCAUUCAAGGAUGGUGCUGUGGCAUCAGGAUGGCAGUUAGACAGGUUGUUCUCUAGCCUUCACUGGCUUUUUCAGGACAGUCCGGCAAGGAGAGAGGACUACACCAAAGUAACAGGAAGCUCACUGUUUGCUUUGAAGUUCUGCAAACAUAGGUGGUUGGAGAAUGUCUUGGUUGCAGAACGUACACAGAGUAUGUGGGACAGUGUUGUCAAGUAUGUUCAGAGUGCAAGGGCAGGAAAAGUUCCACAGCCACAGAAUAAAUCCUUUGACACUGUACAAGAGUUUGUUGCAGAUCCCUUUACGACUGCAAAAGUCGCCUUCUACCUAUCAGUAGCCAAGCAAGUGACACCGUUUUUGACACUCUAUCAAACCGACAAGCCUAUGCUUCCUUUCCUGGCUACAGACCUGUACAGCAUGCUUGGGGGAUUAAUGAGAAGAUUUAUUAAGACCACUGUUAUCAGUGAAGCCAAAACCCCAUUGAAGCUUACAAAACUUGACCCUGCUGACUCCAGCAUUCAUGCCUCUCAUUCCAAGAUUGACCUGGGGUUUACAGCUGACAAGAAGAUCAAGGAGUUGAUUGCAAAGGCCACAGUUUCAGAGAAAAGAGUGCUUCAGUUUCAGAUGGAAUGCAAGGAGUUCCUUAUGAAAGUAGUUUGCAAACUGAUUGCCAAAGCACCAAUUCAGUAUUCCCUUGUAAGGAAUAUAAAUUGCUUAGAUCCAAGGAACAUGAUGAGUGACCAUGAUGUUUCCAUCACAAAAUUCAAGAGAGUUUUGACUACCCUUGAAAAUGCCAAGAAAGUCCUGGAAGGUGAAUGUGAUUCCCUUUUGGAACUAUUUAGACAAUUCAUUAUGGAAGCCCCCUCUUCUUCUCCGUCGGAGUUCAAAGACUAUGAUCCUAACAAUGAUAGACUUGAUUCCUUUCUGUAUCUUCACAUGGGACAGAAGCGAUCCUACCAAUCAUUGUGGAAAGUAGUCUCAGAGCUACUGAUAUUAUCACAUGGCCAGGCCAGUCUCGAAAGAGGAUUCUCAGUCAAUAAGCAACUGGAAGUCGAGAACCUCCAAGAGCGCUCCUUCAUUGCACAAAGGCUGGUACAAGAUCAUGUACAAUCUGUGGGAGGUGUCCUUGCUGUUUCAAUCGACAAACCACUUCUUUUGUCAGCUGCAGGAGCUAGGCAGAAGUAUUUAUCAUAUCUUGAUGAACAAAAGAGGAAGAAAACCUCUGAGGGUGUAGAACUGAAGCGAAAGGAGCUAGUCGAUGAACUUGAGGAACUUAAAAAGAAAAGAAGGCGUUUAGACACUGAUGUUGACAAUCUCGUUAAAUCAGCAGAGAGUUUGCACAGAAAGCAGAGGACACUGGGAAACUUGUGUGGAUUACAAAGUCAAAUAGUUUGAGGAGAACUGCAAAAGAAAAGGAGAUGGCUCGCAAAGACCUUGAGUGCAAAAUUGCGAAUGUUGUGGAUGAACUAAAAAAGGCAUAGACUUUAAGCUCGACUUAAGCUCGGCACAAUUGCUACUAUAAGGUGAACAUCCUUUUAUUUUGCAGUUGGUGGAGUCCUUGAAAAAUGAAAAAUAUGUCCUUGAAAAGUCCUUGAAAAGUCCUUAAAUUUUUAGUCCAAAAAAGGGUACGAACCCUGCCAUGUGUGUUUGCACCAGCACAAUUGCCCAUUGAAGGCCUUAGAGUGCAAAGUGAGAGGCUGUAAACAAAUAAAACACAGGAGGGACAUGGGUGCUCACGUGUACGAUGUGGCGAGAUCACACUAUGACUUACAGCAUGGUGAGAUACAGCGGUUAUUGGGCCUAAUACAAAGAAAGGUAAGUAUCUCAACUGAUAUCGAUAAAAAAUGCGAUGGAACCCCGUUAAUACUGACACCAAGGGGACAUACCGAAGUGUCCAUAAUAUCAGGGUGGCCAGAAGGCUCUCAAAUGAAAAAGGGGUAGAGCAGACAUUUUAACGGCAACAAAACGUUUAAAAAUUGUACUUUGACUGUGACAUUAUUUUAGGCUAUGGAAACCUGACGGCUAUUUAUCAUACUCUAGGAUACCUUUAUACCUAAUUGUAACUGCAACUGACGAGUUGAAUCUAUGGAAACCGUACGUUCAUCUAAUAACUCAAUGUUCACGGACUAAAAUUACAGUAACUUAUAAGAGGGUUAAUUUUAUGGAGACAAUAUGAACUUUUCGACGGGACAAACGAAAUGGUCUCUAAUAUUGGGGUGUCCGUGUUAAGCGGGCGUCCGUAGAGCGGGAUUCCACUGUAAUGUUUAAAGCAAUGACAACAACAACAACAAAAAAAAAGAGGAGAGAAGACACUGAGUUGUACUGUAAAUUCUCCUACAGGAAACUGUGAUGGAACAAGUGGAAGAAAAGGAAGAUAUGGUUGUGUCAUUCUCCUGGAGAAUUUACGACCUCCCUGCCUCUCUCGUCACCGUGACAGAAGAACGACCUCUCACGAGUGGCGAGAUAAAAUCCCACGGAUACACUUGGAGGGCAGUAUUCACAAAAAACUUGGAUUUGUUUUUACAGCUGGUUUCUGCCGCAUCUCCCGUUUCAGUAGAGAUAAGGUGAGAGGAGCUGGUGUGAAAUAUUGGCGUGUAAAUUUUUUUCAUGCGAAUGGACAGCACCUGACAGACCUCUUAGGCCCCCCAAAAAGUCAGAAAGUAGAUUGGAGUCAGGUAAUGAAAAUUGUCGAGGGAGGGUUUUGUUCUUAUGAUGAGCUUAUACCAAUAAUGAUCAGUUAAAAUCCAUUUAAAAUGACGCGAGUGCAAUAGCUCGUUUGACACGACUUGUCAAGAACGGAUAUUACUGAUAUGAAGUAAACAGGUCUACAUGCGAUAUAACACAUAGAAGAUUAAUGGCAAUUCAUAACCUUUUGGUUUUUAUCUUCAUAGGAUGGUGAUUUCUCCAGGAAAGGAAAACGAAACAAUCAAAAAGCUACCACCCACAAGAAUGAGAGAGGGAUCGAUGUGGGGGUGUAACCUUUCACAAGUAAACCGUUGGGUCGAUGUGGAGGGGGAGAUUGAAAUAAAGUUUUUAAUCAUUUAUAAUUUGUUUUAA